AUGGCUUUCCAUGUUAGAUCAAACAGUUUUCCCUCUAAAUCUCAUCCAGCAAUUUCUAAUGUUGAAGAUCAUAUAUGCAGGCUAAAGUCCUCAAAAGAAGCAUCAGUAUCAUCUUCUUUCACAUGCACACAGUUGGCGAGCGUCAGAGAUUUGCACGAAGAUAUUAAUAAUUCGAUUCAACUUCCAUCAUUCCAGCAAGCCCUCGCCGACGAAAUGUUUCCCAGUGAGUUGCUUGAUGGAUCUCUCAAGCUUCUCGACAUUUGCCGAAAUGCUCGAGAUGUUAUAACUUUGAUGAAGGAAUCUGUUCAAGAACUCCAAUCGUCUUUGAGGAGAAAUAGAGGCAUUGAUGCAUAUAUUACUUCAAGGAAAAAUAUUGACAAAAUGGUUAAAACGUGCAUCAAGAAUUUGAAGGGUUUCGAACGAAGUUCUACCAACAAAGACUACAAUCUCAAGGGCAUUGCAACUGUUCUAAAAGAAUCACAGGUCAUUGGUUUUUCUGUACUCAAGUCUGCAUUGACCAUUUUUGCCUCAAAGCAAAAAACUUGGUCCCUUCUUUCCAAGUUUACGCAGUCGAACCACGUACAUUCUGAAACAGAAGAAGAGAGCAACGCUCAGGAAUUGUAUGCCUUGAACAUCAACAAAUUGCGAAAAGACAUGGAUACAGUAUCUGUGAAAGAUGUCGUGAAGCAGUUGGAUGCAUCAGAAAGGACAAUCCAGGAACUUGAAGAGAAUUUAGAAGCCUUCUUUAGGAGUCUAGUCAAAAUAAGAGUUUCUCUCCUUAAUGUCCUGAGCCACUAG